UGGCAAAAAAAAAAAUUUACACCUGAAAUGGAAAGGUAGAGUGGGGAUUUCUUCCGUUCCCAGUACUUGAGCCCUUCUGACCUGAAAAUUAUGGCGAAUAACUCAGUUGUCGGGACAAAAAUGGAAAGUUGCUGACCUAAAAAUUAUAGGGAUUGUAAAGGCAACGACUCUGAUGGUGGACGGGGAACCCGUUUCAAAAUCCUGCAAGUUCAAUGAAGAAGAGGAAGGCGACAAAAGACCUCUACUCCUUCAAUGCGCAGAACUCAUCCUCCCAUGGCUAACCCCUUUGGAGCUUGCCAAUGUCUCUUUGACCUGCAAAGCCUUUUCCUUUAUUUCCAAGACCAUCAUCCUCCGCCGCGUAUCUGAUUCGUCAAGAGGGUUCGAGAAUUUGCCUAUAACAUUUCGCAACACCGUUGAUGAUACGCCAUACUCUUUCUUCAUCUACACUCCUUCCCUAAUUCUACCUUCUGAUUCGCAAUUUCUUCGUCAAUCCUGGGGUUCGAAUUUUGCUGCCACCCGUGACUGGUUUGGUAAGCUUGCUAUGGAAUCAGUGAGGUUAGUUGAUGAAGAGGGUCAGAGUGUAUCCGGAUGUGACUGUGACACUUGUGGGGAUGCUGGGGAUGAAGACGACAGGUGUCCUUGUUCGAGGUUGGCUGGGUUGGAUGUGGCCAACGAGUGCGGACCGCGUUGUAAGUGCGGGAUGCAGUGUGGAAAUCGGUUGAGUCAGAAGGGGAUUUCAGUUCGGUUGAAAAUCGUGAGGGAUAGGAGGAAAGGAUGGGGUUUGUUCGCUGACCAAUUGAUACGGAAAGGCCAGUUCGUAUGUGAAUAUGCAGGUGAACUCUUGACAACCAAGGAAGCGAGGAGGAGACAUCGGUGUUAUGAUGAGCUUUCAUCACGAGGUCAGUUUUCUUCUGCUCUUUUGGUUGUGAGGGAGCAUCUGCCAUCUGGAAGGGCUUGUCUGAGGAUGAAUAUUGAUGCCACAAGAAUAGGAAAUGUGGCACGGUUCAUUAAUCAUUCUUGUGAUGGUGGUAAUUUAAGCACAAAACUAGUGAGAAGGUCGGGAGCUUUAUUUCCUCGACUUUGUUUCUUUGCUGUAGAAGAUAUAGAAAAAGAUGUAGAGCUUACUUUUAGCUAUGGAGAAAUCAGGACAAGGCCUAUGGGUUUGCCAUGUUUUUGUGGUAGCUCUUCUUGCUUUGGAACAUUGCCCUCAGAAGACACUUAAGACGGGAUUUGCCAAUACGACUUUCAU